AUGUCGUCUUUCGGAAACAUCUUCAGAGUGACCACCUACGGCGAGUCCCACUGCAAGCUGGUAGGCUGUAUUGUGGACGGCUGCCCUCCAGGCUUGGACUUGACCGAGGAUGACAUCCAGCCCCAGUUGAGUCGAAGAAGACCAGGCCAGCUGAAGCUCUCAACCCCAAGAAACGAGAAGGACCAAGUCCACAUCCAAUCGGGUACCGAAAACGGCAAGACCUUGGGCUCUCCUAUCGGUAUGUUGGUGCUCAACCAGGACCACAGACCCCACGACUACCUGGAGAUGGACUUGUACCCCAGACCUUCUCAUGCUGACUACACCUACAUUCAGAAGUACGGAGUGAAGCUGGCCUCUGGAGGCGGCAGAUCGUCGGCCAGAGAGACCAUUGGUCGUGUUGCUGCAGGCGCUAUUGCCGAGAAGAUCUUGACCAAGGCCAACAACGUGGAGAUCGUUGCGUUUGUGUCUUCCAUUGGCGAGGUGGCUAUGGACAGAAACCCUCAGAACGAGAAGUUCCAGAGCUUGCUUAAUACCGUCACCAGGGACCAGGUUGACGGCGUGGGUCCUGUCAGAUGCCCCGACGACUCUAUCAGAGAGGAGAUGGUCAAGGUGAUUGAGAAGUACAGAGACGCCAAGGACUCCAUUGGCGGUGUGGUCACCUGUGUGAUCAGAAACUGCCCUAUCGGCUUGGGCGAGCCUUGCUUCGAUAAGUUGGAGGCCACCUUGGCCCACGCCAUGAUGUCGUUGCCAGCUACCAAGGGUUUCGAGUUUGGCUCUGGUUUCGAGGGCACCAGGAUCCCCGGUUCUGCCCACAACGACGCCUUCCACUUCUGCGGCGAUUCUCAGCGCUUGAGAACGAAAACGAACAACUCUGGCGGUGUCCAGGGCGGUAUCUCCAACGGUGAGAACAUCUACUUCUCUGUGGCCUUCAAGUCCGCUGCCACCAUUUCCCAGGAGCAGCCUACCGCUACCUACGAGGGAAAGGACGGUGUUUUGGCUGCCAAGGGUAGACACGACCCUUCGGUUACCCCUAGAGCUGUGCCAAUUGUGGAGUCCAUGGCUGCCUUGGUGCUUGUGGACCAGUUGUUGACGCAGAAGGCCCGUGAGUAUGGCCGCACGAUAGUUUCCUAG